AUGGCCUUGAACAAUACGGAACAACACAUUUCUUCUAGCGACGGCGGUGAUUCCACGCCUGUUGAAAAUGCCAACCGAGAGAAGGAUGCAGAGAGUGCGAUGCCACAUCGACAGCCCUUCCCAGAAAUGGAUCUGAGAAACGGGAUAGUUGGCUGGGAUGGGCAAGAUGACCCCGAAAACCCUCGAAACUUCUCUAGCAGGAAAAGAUGGACAUUGCUUUCAAUAAUAAGUGGAAUGACCUUUGUCACGCCUUUUGCCUCCAGCAUGUUAUCACCCGCUGUUACCUUUGUGUCUGCUGAGUUUGGUAUCACCAACCAGACAUUGCUGUCAUUGAGUGUCAGCAUUUAUUUACUGGGAUAUUCAUUUGGACCUCUGCUUCUCGCCCCGAUGAGCGAGAUAUACGGUCGACGAAUUGUCCUAAGUCUGUCCAAUUGGUUCUUCGUCAUUUGGCAGAUUGGAUGCGCGCUCUCUCCAAACAUAACAUCCCUGAUAAUCUUCCGCUUUCUUGGUGGCAUGGGAGGAUCUGGUUGUCUGACCCUGGGUGCUGGGUUGAUUGCCGACCUCUUCCCUAUUGAAAGACGUGGCUUAGCGGCAUCUUUCUGGAGUUUGGGACUAUUGGUUGGUCCAGUUCUGGGCCCGGUUUGUGGAGGCUUCAUUUCCGAAACCAUCGGUUGGCGCUGGAUCUUUUGGACUCUACUCAUUGUUGGAACGUCGAUGUCCGCACUUAUAGACCUCUUGAACGAGGAGACUUAUGCCAUCGUUAUCAUCCAACGGAAGAAGAAGCGAUUAGCAGCAGAGCUUGGGCGAACAGAUCUACGCAACGCCUACAAACACGAUGGAAAGGAGGAAUCUGUCUUGGCAACACUCAAGAUAGAUUCUGUUCGCCCUGUCAUGCUAUUCUGCACAUCGCCCAUUGUAUUCCUUCUUUCCAUGUACUUGGCCGUUGAAUACGGGUUAUUAUACCUAUUCUUCACAACGAUUCCAAUUGUUUUUCCGGGAAAGUAUGGUUUUUCUCCCGGAAUUUCGGGAUUGACCUAUCUUGGAAUCGGUCUCGGAUUUCUUCUGGGAUUAAGCCUCAACGCAUAUACCAGCGAUCGAAUGAUGAUGGAAUCGGUCAGACGCAAUAAUGGAAAAUUCGAGCCAGAAAUGAGGCUUCCAUUUCUUGUGUUCUAUUCUACAUUCUGCACAAUCGGCUUCUUCUGGUAUGGCUGGACCGUGGACAAGGGGAUUCACUGGAUUGUCCCAAUCAUUGGUAUGGUUCCCUUUGGUUUUGGACUAAUGGGUCUAUGGCUCUGCAUUCAAACAUAUGUUAUCGACUCCUACCACAAAUAUGCAGCUUCUGCAAACGCUGCCAUCACUGCAUCCCGAUCGCUACUCGGUGCUACUCUUCCUUUAGCCGGGCCGAAACUCUUCGAGACCCUGGGCCUGGGAUGGGGCAACUCCCUGCUUGGAUUCAUAUCUUUGGCAUUCGUGCCUGUUCCGGUAAUAUUUCUGAGGUACGGGAAGAGGAUUAGAGAGAAAUAUGAUGUACAAUUCUAA